UACUGUUCAGAACUGAUUGCAAUGAUGAAAUAUCAAGCUGUAUUCAGCGCCAUGACGAUUAUUUUCUAUCUGGCAGCAUGUUGUGAUUGCUCAGAAAUCAUUGGGGGCAAAGAAGUGAGAAAUCAUUCCAAACCAUACAUGGCAUCAAUCCAGAUGAAAGGACAGCAUAUGUGUGGAGGAGUGUUAAUAAAGCCAUCUUGGAUUCUGACUGCAGCACACUGCAAUCUUUUUUUUAAACAGAGGCAAGUCCAUGUGGUUCUUGGAAUUGAUUCACUGAGUAGUAAUGAAAUCUCGCAGCAAGUAUUGAAUGUGAAGCGUAAAAUUCCACAUGAGUGUUUUGAAGUUGAAAGCAAAGAAAAUGACAUCAUGCUACUCCAACUGGAGACUGAGGCAAAACUUAACAAGUUUGUGGGCCUUCUACCACUGCCACAAGAGGUUUCGGAUUUGAAAGAGGGAACGGUCUGCACGGUUGCGGGAUGGGGAACAACAAAGGCAAACUCAAAGAAAGCAUCUGAUUGGCUCAGAGAAGCAGACGUAACCAUCAUAGACAGGAAAACGUGCAACAGUCGGAAGUAUUACAACCGCCAGCCCUUAAUAACUGAGAAUAUGCUUUGUGCUGGCGACAAAAAGGGAAAGAGAGAUGCAUGCAGCGGAGAUUCAGGUGGACCACUGGUUUGUAAGAAGCAACUCAGAGGAAUUGUAUCGUAUGGAAAAGGUUGUGGACUUCCCAAAAAGCCUGGUGUCUAUACAAGGAUCACAAAUAAAUAUAUUCAGUGGAUUCGGCGAUUAAUAGACUGUGAUUGCUCAGAAAUCAUUGGGGGCAAAAAAGUGAGAAAUCAUUCCAAACCAUACAUGGCAUCAAUCCAGAUGAAAGGACAGCAUAUGUGUGGAGGAGUGUUAAUAAAGCCAUCUUGGAUUCUGACUGCAGCACACUGCAAUCUUGGCUUUAAACGAAAUCAAGUCCGUGUGGUUCUUGGAAUUGAUUCAUUGGGAAGUAAUGAAACCUCGAAGCAAGUAUUGAAUGUGAAGUAUAAAAUUCCACAUGAGUGUUUUGACAUUAAAAGCAAAGAAAAUGACAUCAUGCUACUCCAACUGGAGUCUGAGGCAAAACUUAAUGAGUAUGUGGGCCUUCUACCACUGCCACGAGAGGCUUCGGAUUUGAAAGACCAAACGGUCUGCACGGUUGCGGGAUGGGGAGCAACAAAAUCAAACUCAGACAAAGCAUCUGAUUGCCUCAGAGAAGCAAACGUAACCAUCAUAGACAGAAAAAAGUGCAACAGUCGGAAGUAUUACGACCACCAGCCCUUAAUAACUGAGAAUAUGCUUUGUGCUGGCGACAAAAAGGAAGGGAGAGAUGCAUGCUUUGGAGAUUCAGGUGGACCACUGGUUUGUAACAAGCAACUCAGAGGAAUUGUAUCCUUUGGAUAUAAAAAAACUUGUGGACUUCCCAAAAAGCCUGGUGUCUAUACAAGGAUCACAGAAGAAUAUAUUCAGUGGAUUCAGAAACUAACAGAUUAAAUCUUACAAAAAAUACUUGUGUUUUCUUCAUGAUUAUGUCUUCUGUAGCUCACUGCUAUUCUGGAAUUAAAAAUAAUCUUUACGUUUCAAUUUUACAGACAUUGUGGUUCAAAGCCCUUGUCUCUAUGGAAAAAUUGUGCAUAUUUUCAAGCAGGAAAAUGAUUUUUUUUUGCUGUAAUAAUUUUGCAAAUAACAAAUAAACCUUAUGUGCUUUAUUA